AUGAAGGGGAAAAGAAGAGGCCAAUACAUAACCCACAUUUCAAAGAUGGAAACUUUCGUCGAUGAGGAUGAAACGCUAACCUUGAAUCUGGCCAGAAAAGAGGAGAAAUUGCGUCUGCCAAGGAGAAGAGACGGAGGAUUGGUGACUGCAAGAGUGAUUAGGGCCACUGGCGCUUACUUUUCUUCGGCUUCUUCAGUGUAUUUGCUUCUCUUCAGUCCCUUGCACGGAACUUCUUCUUCACCGGUUAUCAACCCUGUUAUGGCCUCAACAAAAGAGGCAUCUGCUUCUAAACAAGCUUCACUCUCCUUUGUGGCAUCUGCUUCUAAACAAGCUUCCAUCUCCCCUGUUCAGCCUGAACACAGUAUUCGCAGGACUUUGUCUAGCGCCUCUUUGAGAAACAACAGAUUUGCAUCUUUGGAUUCUUCUGAAGAUGAAGAUGAUGAUGACAGCGAAGUCCCACCACCACCCGAUGUGCCUGAAAAUUCGAUGUUCUUUACGCCUUCGGGAAAAAGAAUCCUUCGGGAACGACCGGUUCCAUUGUCAACAAAGGCUAAAGAAAUGCAAGCCGUAGUCCGAGGACGUGGUAAUCGAGGUCGUGGUAGUAGAGGUGGUCGUGGCUAG